GGAGGGAGGAAGUUCUUGGAAUGAAAAAUUCUAUGGUAGUAUCUACUAUGGUAGAUACUAUUUUCAAAAUUACUUCAGAUUGCCAUAGGGUAUAGGAUAAUGAUUCUUUUAGUGAUGCUGUAACCUUAAAUAGGCCCUUCUUCCCAGAGCUUGGCUGGGGUUAUGAGGAACUUAAGAUCAGCCAUUGGGACAUCUGGGCAGAAAGGAGGUUAAUGUCCUUAACUGAUCCAGUACUUUUGCACUUCUGUGUCAAUUAUCUCAAAGACCUUGUGAUGUAAUCAAACUGGAGCAUUGUUUUUCCUCUCUCAAGCUGGGAUGAAGCCUGCAUUUUCUUAAAUUUCUGCAUUAUUGCUUGAUAAAUAAGGAAGGACUAUGCUGGGACUUUUGUAAUGACUGAAACCAUUAUCUUAGCCGUAAAAUAUAAAUAUUUAUUAUAAAGGACUAUAUUUGUUCUGUGAAAACCAUGCUGGAAUUUGGCUGUGAAUAGAGCCAAUAGACAAGUCACUUGGAAAUUAUAGUUGGCAUAGAAAGUGGACUUUUUCUUGGAUAUGGUUGUUCAUCAACAGCAACCUGUCCUAAACAUCUCGCCUCCUGACCACUACUACUUCUUUUUUUUUUUUUUAAUAAGGUCUGAGAUAUCAGGGCUGCUGCAGGUCAAAGGAGGUUCUGCGCACCCAGCAAAAUUGUUCUUGAGGCUGUUGUGAGGACAAAAACACAAUCGGGCUGUGGUUACUGAACGGGCUUUCAUUUCUGCAAAAGGUCCCUUAACGUGCAAAAACUGAGAUAUGAUGCUGGAACUCUUUUUGCUUAUUCUGGGAGUCCUGAGGAAAUUGUCUCAGCCUGAAACCAUACUUAAGAACGUUACUCAAAAGGAAGGCAUAGGGAGAUACCCCAGAGCAAACAAUACUAGGUUGCUUAUGCAGUGUUGGGAUGUUCAGAUGUUUGACACAUUGUCGGUAGUAUCUGAAUGAUUGUUCAUGGCCAACAGUGCUGAAGGUGGAAAGGUGAAUCCUAGGGGAAAAGCUGAGAUUACAGGUCUGUCUUGUAUUCAGCAUGGGAACUGAGAAUGCACAGACAAUGCUCACCAGUACUGAACAGAAAUAUGACAUGGUAUUAACCUACUAAGACCUUGCUAGGUAUUGCAUGAACAAAAUUAGUGAAUAACAAAAGUUCUGUGAUUGUCAGGAUGGAGAACAGUUGCCAUGUUGAAUGGAAUGACUCCUAAAUUUUGGAGGGGGAGUGUUUUGAAACAGAAGAAUUCUGGAUGCAAUGGACAUGUUUCCUUACCUUUUUGUGUUUGUGCAAAUAAACAUUGUCAUAGCAGAGGGAGGUUUCCAUGUAUGUGACAAGCAAACUUACUCACUAGGAAGCUGUGCCUUAUCACUUAUAGUGUAUCAGUGUAAGUUUUUUUAUAGAUCCUAGUAAGAAGGGCAUUGAGUCCAUAACGUAUUGAUUAAAAUACCAUUUAUUACAGAUAACAUGAGAAGGAAAAGGGGGAUAGCACAGAUAGUCUUAAGUCCCUUCAGAUGCUGGGAACCCCGAGUUGUAAAGCAAUAGAUGGACCUCUAGUCAGGGCAUGGCAUGCUGUGCAGAUCCCAUUCAUGCUGAGGUUCACUUUAUCUUUAGAGUUUUUUAUAGUAUUUUCUUAGAAGUAAACAACUCCAUUCAUUAUUUCUACUGUUGAGAAAAAGAAGGUUGCUUCUUCAUGCUGCUUCACUUCAAGAUAAAAGACAAGGACAGCUUGGUGGUGUCAUUGCCAGGUGCCAAGUGGGAGCUGCCUACAUGCUCCUGCCUUACAAUUAGCCAGCUGAGUUUGUCCUGGGGAGAAGUGAUAUGUGUAGUUCAGCACAGGCCUGUGCCUACUCAGGUCAGCUGUUACGUGAAAUACUAACUCAUGAUGUACAAUGGUCUUCCGGUUAAGAGCACUUCACCCCUGCAACCUGAUGCAGAACAAGUUAGUUUUACCAACGCCCAUAGUUGCUUCAUUGUAAUGCAAGUUUCCUUCCUUCUCUGUCGUCAAUGCCCAGGGCCAGUGCCGCUUGCUUCUAGUUUUAGUGUGCUGUAUCGCAGUAGCUGGGGAAGGAAGGAUCCAUUUUCCUUGACUUCAGUGUGGUAAGAACUUACAGAACACACCCAGGCAUGACAAGCACAGUGUGAACAAACAAAAAGUGCCCAUCACAUGCUCCUUUCAUCAUCAGUUUUUGUACUCUUUCAGACUAGCACUCUACCCUGCCUGCUGCACCUUAGCCAUCCAUAUGUUACCUCAUAUUGCUUUGUGCUUCCUCACACAGAGCCCUCCAGAAUAGGAGUUAGUCCUGUGACUUGCAAAGGCAAGGAUAACAAGCCAUGCGAUGCCUAUGAGAUGUCCUCAGCUGCUUGAAGAGAAAUACCACAGUCCAAUAAAAGUUAGAUAAAUCCUCUUCUGAAAGUUCAUCCAGAGAGAGAGAGCUCAGCUCAUGAUGGUCUUCCAUGUUUUCAGUAACUUAAUUUGAUACCAGUCUUUCCUGGACUGUAUGAUGCCACCUCAUCCAGUUCCUGCUAAAAAUACGUUGCUGUCUCCUAAAAAAGGAUUGCUGUUUUGAAAAACAAUAUCUGUGUGAUUACAGUUCUCCCAAGCAGAAGCAAGAGACAUGACUACUACCAAGCUUCAUCUCUGUGUACAGGUGUCUGUACUUAAGUUGCAUCAUAUAAAGGACCUGAGAGAUUUCUCCUGCCCGUAUCCCCAAUAACCACAAAUGUAUAUAUGUCUGUAUAUGUACACACAUGCCUUUUUUUCAUCAAGCAGUGGUAGUUCUCAGUCUAACAGUUUCAAGGAUGGCACAUACACUGCUAGCGGUAGGUUCCCUUAUGACUUAGUUUGAGUCAAGCUAUGCUUUUGCCUUCCUGCCCAGCCAGCCAUGGAAGCAGUUUCAUUCGUUUGAACUUAAGGUGUUCUUUUCUCUUCUUUUUUCGAACCAAGAAGUAUGCGAACACUGCAACCAGCACAAACAAUUUCUUCCUCUCAGUCUCAGUGAGUGCAGAUUGGAAUUGUGUCUCAUGGAAAACUUCUGAUGCAGGAAAUACAGGGCUGCAAAGAAGCAGCAUGUGAAAGCAGGUCCCAAAAAUCUCUUGGUAACUAACAAACAUUUUUGAUUUUUUUCAAGUAGGACAUUUGCAGAAGUAUUUAGGCUUUAGGUUGGCUAGGUGUCCUCUUUAGUUAAAACUGCAAAUGUAGUGGACUGUAAGAAAUGAGUUGAACUGAUGCUUCUCCAGGCUGUGACUACAACAGGUUAUAAAGACUUUUUUAUCCAAAUAAAGGCGAGGAGAAUCCAGAGUCGGAAAACUGACACCUGUGUGUAGUAAAAUCACAGUCUUCAGGGAAACAUAGAUCAAAAUAUUAUAACCUGAAAAGAACCAAAUUCAAACUCAUACCAAUAACAUUGCCAUAAUUAGAUCAAUAUUAAUAACAAAUAGUCAAAACAUUAUAUAUAUGCACAUAUGCUUUUAAGCACCAUUAUUAUGCAGAAUGAACUAGCAAUGACUCUAGAAUAAGCAUGCAUGUAAAAGCAAUCAUACUGAAAGUAAAAACCAUGAAAGAAAAAGGAACGGGGUAAUAUCUGAGGCCCAGGUCUGUAUACACAAAUCUCCCAUUUUCAAUGUAAAAUUACAUAACAACCUAAUUAAGCUGCCCAUAAAUGAUAAUAUAGGUGGAGCUGUCUUUAAGCUAUAUAUAAGACUACAACAAGCAAAUUUUCCCCAUAUUUCCAGUACUUCAGAAUCAGGUGUGCAGAACUGAUUGCUCUGGCAUCAAGUACAGAUGUAAAUAUUGUCUUACUAUCAUUCAAGGGAAUUGUAUUUUAGUAUAUGGUCUAAGAUUUUGUUGACUGUGUUUUAUUAGUCUAGCUACUUGCCUUUAAGGACUGGAGGUUGAAUAUGGACAUAAUAAUAGCAAAGUGCUUACAUCAAUUUAACUGAAUACAAUGAAGCAUUAAGCCUAAGAGAUUUAUGUCAUGAAGAAGGUAAGAAAAAUGUGGAGCUAUAGAAAAGAGAAAUAGGUAGGUAAAGUCUCUUGAAGAUUAUACUUCAGUAGAGAGUAGAUAUUUCUCCUAGACAGAUCCAAUGCUCACUACAUUCCAUGAAAGUUAAGAAAUCAUGAUUUCAUAGCCUCAGAGACUUUUUUUCCUUUUUUUUCUUUCUAGGCAUAUCAUUGUUUACCUGUUUUCAAAGUAGUCCAUAGGGAAAUACAGGUGCAUAUGUCCCUAAUCUGUAUUGUUAAUUGAAUUCAGUUAACCAAUUAUUCAACAAAACAACUAAAUUGCUAUGUGAGAAAGAAGAAUCAAUCUGUGAUAAAGAGUGAGAUAGUCAAACCAGUUACUUGCAGUUUCUGGAAAUGAUUUGUUUUCAGAUUUCUAUUUCUAAAUUCCCCACCUCUUAUGUGGGGUUAGUAUGAUAUCUUUUGUUUCACAGUGGUAAUGUAAAGAUUUAGGGGGUGAGGUUGAUGAAUAUUAAUUUAAACCACAAUGGUUAGUUCUAUAGAAAAGCUGAUGAGAAAAUGAAUAGUAAGGACUAUUUGCUUCUCCUAAUUUUAGUUAAUAAUGCUCUAUCAGACCUUGUUAUAUGUAACAUGUAUAUUAAAAUUUUUUAUUUAGAAAGCAAUGCAAGGAGGGAAAGAAGAAGAGAGAGGUGCUCAGGAAAAGAAAGAAACAAGACAAAGGAAAUGGUUAUUUCAAAAUGGAGUUUAAAAAAUGGAGGGGAAAAGCAAACUCAGUAGGAAAUAUGGUCUAGAGUAGAAAUAACUCUUAAUCUUUCUUCUUUUUGUCCUCUGCUCACACCUCUGACAGCCAUCACUAAAACACACUUGUUUUGUGAAAAAAAGAGGAAGGAAAAAACAAUCAGCAGCUGUUCUGGAUUUUAGAUGACAAAGUGAAUAAAGAAAGGGAAGUGGUGCUGAUUUACUCCCUGGCCUUGAGAGAGCAGGUCUGUUUUACUUCAAGGGAAGAAGAAGCCCCAGUCCUGGAGAGGAUGGGAAUGCUGGUGAGAACUGCUGUGCUUAUGAGUCCUCUUCUUUUCUGCAAUGCUUUUCUGGACCUGGCUGGCCCCAAUGAAAUUAAAGGAGUGUGGAAGGGAUCUACCAUCUUGCCCUGUAGCUAUGUGCCUGUGAAGGACUUUGUGCAGGAAACGCUUACUUGGACUGUGGUACACGACCAAAGGUCGGGUGCUAUCUUUCGGAGGGACCACUCUGGUGAUCACGUUCUACUGUCCGAAUACAGAGAUAGGGUCAGUGUCCUGAAGAACUCUCCAGGGGAUGUGUCUCUUCAUAUUUUGAAACUUGAAAUCUCCGAUAGGGGAACCUACACCUGCCAAGUCACCUGGAGAGCCAGCAACAACAGUCUGAUAACAAAAGAGAUCACCACCAGAGUUGAGGUAGUUAAAGUUGCAGUGACUAAGCCCGUCAUCAGGGCUGGUGAGCUGGGACUGAUGGUCCCAGCAGGAGCCAGGACCAGCCUGACCUGCGUGGCCAGCGGAUCCCCACCCAUCAGCUACCGCUGGUUCCUGGGAGAGCCGGGAGGAAAAGCUCGGCAGCUGAGCAGCCAGGCUGAGCUCACGUUUGACAGCGUGCGACCCUCCGACUCGGGGAAAUACUACUGCGAAGCAGAGAACAGGGUUGGGGCAGGCGUUGCCCAGCGGAGCGAUGCCGUGGAGCUGACGGUGAGAGAUCUGCCCACAACAACAGCAGCUUUUGUGAGUGAUGUGGGAACCCCGGAGAGACACCACACAACCACAGAAAAGUGUCAAACAGAGCUGGUGUUCAGAGGUACCUCAGUAAUCCCUUGGACUUCACGAGGCUCUACCACUGUGGCAGAUCUGCCCCUAACAGUAAUGACUUCUGAGAAUGAUGUACAAAAUCCAGGAAAGAAUCAUACAACUGAAGAUCUCCAGAAGACUCACCUGUCCUUGUACCUGGUCAUCCUGAUCGCUGUGGUUUGUGGUGCUGUCGUUUUCCUUAUCCUAUCUAUUAUCCUUUGCAUUAGAAAGCCCAAAUAUGCACAUGUCUUUGAAGUAAAACACCAUAACAACUCCAUGAGAGCAGAGUCUUCUUCAAAGUUUGACUGUGCGGGUUAUUAUGAAGAACCCAUCUCCUCUACUGAAAACAACUAUUUGAUGGAGCCCAUGAAAAACAACAGAUCUGAAGAAGCAAACCUGAAUGAAUAUAACACCCUUAGAAAUGCAAAGGAAUCUGAAUAUGAAGUGGGAGACACUGUAUAAGAACCAACAACAGUUCUUAUUUAUCUCCCUAUUCAUCUUUUUCUCUGAAAAAUAGGUUUAACAAGCAGUUUUUGAUCCUCUGUGGCUUGUGGAGCCUUAAAUUUCUGCAGUGAAAAUGCAAACUUCUUUAGAAACUUCACAGCUGUAGACUGCUGUACAGGUCUCUUGAUUUUGCUUAAGACAAAAAGAAAGACAGCUUAAAGCUAGGUUAAAAUCAAGGACUUUACCAUGCUAAGAGCAGAAGGAUGAAAAGAAAUGUCCUGUGAAUUCAUCAUGCUGUACUCGGUAUGCCUUUCUGUGGUACACUCGCAAUAAAACACAGACACUUUCUAAUUACAGUGAAAGCUGACAGCUUUCAAGCUCGACAGCUUGGGCAAUUAUAAUAUUGCAACAAUGCAUAUUCUUUCUGAGAUCAACUUUUCUAUUCUAUUUUUUGUUGCAUUUUUAAUAUUCAAAAGAAAUGAAAUACUUUUCCUUAAGCUUGUGGCUAGGGUUGCUUACAUAUACCCAAAUUACUUUGAUAUGAACAUGAAUAUUUUUACAUGACCUGCUCAUCUUUAAAAUGCCAGCAAGCACUCAUUAUUGCAGAUAUCCAGUAGUUACUCAUUAAGUGCUUUCCUUAGAACUUAAAAGGUAUGAAGGGCAAGUAAGGAUAGUAAAAACUAUGUAUAACAAAGGUUUUCACCUCCCGAGUAAAUCAGUAAUACAGAUACUGCAGAGUUGCAGGAGAAUCAUUUUAUAAUGAAUAAUAGGGCAAUGCUAUGUCAGACCAAAAGCAAUGCAGACAGACCAAAAAAACCCAAAAAAUAAAAACAAAAAAAAAAAGAGCAGGUGAUCUGUCAGGGCCAGGGGGGAAUAUUAAAGACACAGAUAAAGACAUAAGCCCUAAAUUUGCUGUUACAACUCAGCAAAUGUGUGUACUUUUUCUUCCUGAAAGUAUCAGCUCAUAAUUCACCAGCAUUCAAAAACAACAUUAGGAGCUAUUGGGAAAGGAAUUAAAACAUAAGAGGAAAACACGAUGAUACUACAACAACGCAGGGAGUGCUUGCCUCUUAUGUAUGCCUUAUGUGCGUAUCAUCUUAAAAGGAUUUAGUAGAACUAGGAAAGAUCUAAAGAAGAGUAGUAAAAGAUGAUUAGUGACCUGAAACCACCAAUGUACAAAAACAGAUUAAAUGCAUUUAAAUUUCUCAGCUUGGAAAAAAGAGAACAAGGGAAAAUAUGAGCAAAGUGUCCUAAAACAUGACUAGUACAGAGAAGAUGAAUAGGCAGCAUUGUUUGCAGUUUCUCAGAAGACAAAAUGCAGCAGACAUUGGAUGACAUUGAAUAGGAUAAUCUGGUAGCAGUUUUAAAGGGAGAUAAGUACUUUCUAUAUGCAAUACAUGACAGAGUGUGCAACAGGUUAUUGCUCAUCCACUGCUAUGAAAGCCCAAAUCUACAUGGAGGCACCAUGAGUAAUUAGAACAAUUAAUGAUAUAAAAGUUCAACAAUGACUAUUAAACACAAAGAAUUAGUGAUAUUUUAACAGUACGUAUAAGUGCUCUAAUACUUUUUCCCUAAACUUCCUGCAUCACAAGUUUCAUUUCCUGUUAAUAAAAUACAUAAAAAUCAAGGGCUGGGCAACCUCAAUUUCAAAUGAAAAGGGAACAAAUAAGCAGUGUUUUUUGUUGGUGAUAAUGUCUUGGAAAAAUUUAUCAACAUGUGCAUGCAGCUUAUAACAAAUGUGUGGAAGCAAAUGAAAAUGAUUAAAAUUCAGGAUUGUGAAGUGA